AUGCUGCAGCUUUCACUUCCGAUCAUGGUGCAGUUUUCACCUCCAACCUUGGUGCAGGUUUCACCAUCAACCAUGCUGCAGUUUUCACCACCAAACACGUUGCAAGGUCCACUACCAACCAUGCUGCAGUGUUCACCACCAACCAUACUGCAGGUUUCACCUCCAACCAUGGUGAAGUUUUCACCACCAACCAUGCUACAGCUUUCACCAUCAACCAUCCUGCAGCUUUCACCUCCAACCAAGGUGCAGUCUUCACCACCAGCGAUGUUGCAGCUUUCACCACCAACCAUGCUGCCGUUUUCACCUCCAACCAUGCUGCGGCUUUCACCUCCAACCAUAGUGCAGUUUUCAUCAACAACCAUACUGCAGUUUUCACCACCAACCAUGUCGCAGUUUUCACCACGAACCAUGCUGCAUAAUUCACCAUCAGCCAUGCUUAAGUUUUCACCACCAACCAUGCUGCAAUGUUCACCAUUAGCCAUGGUGCAGUUUUCACGACCAACCAUGCUGCAGUUUUCACCAUCAGACAUGCUGCAAUUUUCACCACCAACCAUGCAACAGUCUUCACGACCAACCAUGCUGCAGGUUUCACCACCAAACACGUUGCAACGUCCACCACAACCCGUGGUGUAG